UCCUGCCCGAGGCCAUCAUGUCCUCCUCUUCCUCCUCGUCGUCUUCGUUGUCGUCAUCAUCAUCGUCGCAAAAGCCGCCGUCCCUAUCGCCGUUCGCCGAGUGCGUCGUGCUGGCGACGCUGCACGGGCGCUGCAUGACGUAUCGUCGCUCCUACACGACCAAGGAAUCCCAUGGGGGCGGCGGUGGUGGUGGCGGUAGUAUGGACAUGGGUGAGGCUAGCGGUGGUGACGACUUUUGGAACCGACAGAGGUGGCUCGCGUCGGCCGUCGAGAGGCGCUUGCAGACGCUGGAGGGCGCCGGCUCUGUGCACGUCGGCAACGAUCCGAUGCUUUUCUUGGUCCACAUGCUGGCCCACAGCGCCGUCAUCAAACUCUGCCACAUGGUGCAGGGGGCGGUGUCUUCGGCAUCGCACACCGUCGAGCAGCUCCACGCGGCUGCCGCUUUCGAGCAGGAGGCUUCGAGCGCCGCGGCCGAGAUGGUGCGGCUCGCGAAGCAGAUCCCGUCGUUUGGCUACUUCAAAGCGCACCCUUUCCUGCCCGACCUUCUCGCGUGCGCGGCCAGCUAUUUGACGUCAAGGAGCGGCAAUGCAGCCUUCUCUAGGGAUGGUGGCGCUCAGCAGCUGCUGCGCGUUCUGGGAGAUAUGGAGGGCAUAAACAUCCUGGCACGGGGGUACUUCCAGGGGUUACGUCUAGACACAUGAAUGAUUUCGAGUUUUUUCGACCGUACAAACGAAGCAAAACUGCCAAAUGCCACUUAUUAUGCAUUC